AUGUUAAUUGACGGCGAGAAAUGGGCUUGCGAAGCCUGUGUUAGAGGACACCGGGUUAGUAAUUGCCAACAUGCAGAUCGACCACUUCAGCACAUCAACAAGAAAGGCCGGCCCGUGUCGCAAUGCCAGCAUUGCCGCGCGAUGCGCAAAUCUCGGUCGUCUCAUGUAAAAUGCGAUUGCGGCGAGAAGACGCAUAAAUGCGCUCAUCUAAAGCAGACAGUUGAAGGACAUAAGGACAGUUGUUGUUGUAAUCACGGAGGACGAUGCACAUGUUCGCAUAAGAAAGAACCCGCGCUCGAUACCGUCCCAGAGUCCGAUUCCGAAGCGGAAACAGAUGCUCAACCGGCCAAGCCCAAGGCUACCCCUCGGCGACGGCGUACGAAUACGGCGCAUUCCGAGCCUAUCUUGAGCUUUGACGAGAAUGGUCACCACAAACCUCCGCAGAGGCAUACAAAGGCCUCGCAGAAGAGUGGUCCCUAUACCAUAAAUCGAGGCUCGUCCAUGCAUAGGACUGGUAGCUCGAGCAGCCUAGGAACGAAGUCCGUCGACCGAUCCCGAACGACCGGUUCUUCCUCACCUGAUAGAGAGACACGGAUGGCGAAAUCUGCGCAAGCGUCGCCUUCGAUCGAAGGGAAUUCGUCGUUCCAACAUCUUAAUGGUCAAUUGCCGCCAUUGGACCUUUCCAACAUCCGUUACUCCGAAUACUCCUCGUUCGACCUUUUCUCGGGCGUCUCCGAUUACGAACCACCCAUGUUCAGCGCAGGUCUUAGCGCGGCGUCGGUCGAUUGGGCGCAAUACGACGGCUUAGAGCUGAAGGGUGAAAGCUUCACACCCUCGAGUUUUGACCAGACACAGUCGUACAUGGGACUCGACUUCGGUGGCUCUACAGAGCCGACUCUAACCUCCAAUUCGGGCGAUGUGUCCGAGACGGAAGACUUGGCCUCCGCAUUCAGCGAACCGCAGUUUGACGGCUACGGCAAUAGCGCCGCAAGCAGCUAUUUGGCCAUGUCACAAAGCAUACUUACUGAUAAUGACCUGAGUAACCUUGACUUUAAUCAGUUCAAGAAUACGACGGCCGCGAGUAAGUUGCUCUCCAACCAGUCCUCGUUUGACGAGGGUAGCUCCGUCUUCCCUCUCAUGGAAGAUGAUUCUAUCUGGGGUAUGAGCAAUUUCACCGACGGCAUCACGCACUCGCCGGAUCCUGUAGCGUCCGGCCUGUGGGAUACCGCUUAG